AGAGCCUAAACGAUGACUACCCCAGCUCUGCUGCCCCUGUCUGGACGUCGGAUCCCCCCUCUGAGCCUGGGGCCGCCCGCCUUCCCCCACCACAGAGCUACCUUGAGACUUUCCGAGAAGUUUAUCCUCCUCCUCAUCCUAAGUGCCUUCAUCACCCUGUGUUUUGGGGCAUUCUUCUUCCUUCCAGACUCUUCCAAACACAAACGCUUUGAUCUGGGUCUGGAGGACGUGUUAAUUCCUCAUGUAGAUGCCAGCAAAGGGGCUAAACACCCUGGAGUCUUAUGGAUCCAUGGACCCGAUGAACACAGACACAGGGAAGAAGAAGAACGUUUGAGAAAUAAAAUUCGAGCUGAUCAUGAGAAGGCCCUUGAAGAAGCAAAAGAAAAAUUAAAAAAGUCAAGAGAGGAAAUACAAGCAGAAAUCCAGACAGAGAAAAAUAAAAUUGUUCAAGAAAUGAAGACAAAAGAGAAAAAAACACUGCCACCAAUUCCUGUACCAAACCUCAUAGGAAUAAGUGGUGGGGACCCAGAAGAUGAUGAUGUAAGAGAGAAGAGGGAAAAAAUUAAAGAGAUGAUGAAACAUGCCUGGGAUAACUAUAGGAUAUAUGGCUGGGGUCAUAAUGAACUCAGACCUAUUGCAAGGAAAGGACACUCCACUAAUAUAUUUGGAAGUUCACAGAUGGGUGCUACCAUCGUAGAUGCUUUGGAUACCCUUUAUAUCAUGGGACUUCAUGAUGAAUUCCGAGAUGGACAAAAAUGGAUUGAAGACAACCUCGAUUUCAGUGUGAAUUCAGAAGUGUCUGUGUUUGAAGUCAACAUUCGAUUUAUUGGAGGCCUGCUAGCAGCAUAUUACCUUUCAGGAGAGGAGAUCUUCAAGAUUAAAGCAGUGCAGUUGGCUGAGAAACUCCUUCCUGCCUUUAACACGCCUACUGGGAUUCCCUGGGCUAUGGUGAAUCUGAAAAGUGGAGUCGGGAGAAACUGGGGCUGGGCCUCUGCAGGUAGCAGCAUUCUUGCCGAAUUUGGUACACUACACAUGGAGUUUGUCCACCUCAGCUACUUGACAGGGGACCCAGUUUACUAUAAAAAGGUCAUGCAUAUUCGGAAGCUGCUGCAAAAAAUGGACCGUCCAAAUGGUCUUUAUCCAAAUUACUUGAAUCCAAGAACUGGUCGCUGGGGUCAGUAUCACACUUCAGUUGGUGGGCUAGGAGACAGUUUUUAUGAAUACUUACUGAAAGCAUGGUUGAUGUCAGAUAAAACAGACCAUGAAGCCAGAAAAAUGUAUGAUGAUGCUAUUGAGGCUAUAGAAAAACAUCUUAUUAAGAAGUCCCGUGGUGGUCUUACUUUUAUUGGAGAAUGGAAGAAUGGACACUUGGAAAAGAAGAUGGGGCAUUUGGCCUGCUUUGCUGGGGGAAUGUUUGCACUAGGAGCAGAUGGUUCCAAAAUAGAUAAAGCUGGCCAUUAUUUAGAACUGGGGGCAGAGAUUGCACAUACAUGUCAUGAAUCAUAUGACAGAACUGCAUUAAAAUUAGGUCCAGAAUCAUUCAAGUUUGAUGGUGCAGUAGAGGCUGUGGCUGUACGGCAGGCUGAAAAGUAUUACAUCCUCCGUCCAGAAGUAAUUGAAACCUAUUGGUACCUGUGGCGAUUCACUCAUGAUCCAAGAUACAGGCAGUGGGGCUGGGAAGCAGCACUGGCUAUUGAAAAGUAUUGUCGAGUCAGUAGUGGAUUUUCUGGGGUGAAGGAUGUAUAUUCCUCCACUCCUACACAUGAUGAUGUUCAGCAGAGCUUCUUUCUCGCUGAAACAUUGAAAUAUUUAUAUCUGCUAUUCUCUGGCGACGAUCUUUUACCUUUAGACCACUGGGUAUUUAAUACAGAGGCUCACCCUCUGCCCGUGUUACAUUUAGCCAACGCCACACUUUCAGGAAAUCCUGCUGUUCGAUGAAAGCAGUUCCAGAAAGACCCAUUCUCACCUGUGUUUUGUUUACAUGGACCACUGCAGAAGCAAGUCUGGAGAGGAGGUUUUUGAAAACCAGGACCUCUUAAGUCAACUUGGCAGGGUUCUCCGUAAAAACUUCUCAUCUUGUAGAUAUCUCAACUUUGAAAUGAUUCCAUUUUCUACCUGACCAAAACAUAUUCCGGUAUGUGUAAGAGAGACUUGAUGUGCUUUGAUUUUCAACAAUAUGGUCACGUGAGAAGUUUAUGCCUACUGUUGCUAUGUUGUCUUUAGGUUGUGGAGUCUGGAGGCUAGACUUCCUAAGAAUAAGCCAAGAAUGUGGAGCAUCUUGCAGGAGUUAGAGAUGGCCUUUGGAACCAAUUAUAUAUCUUUCCUCCCAAAGUGGAGCAGCUUUCAAAUAAAAUAUUUAUGCAUUGUUUAUCCCUUUCCCCCCUCUGUUUUUAAUAAUGGAACAAACUAAAAUAAACAAGAACAAAAGGACAGUAUAACUGCAUCAGCAGCAAGCAAACUCAAAGAAGCAGAAGUACCUACCCCUCUUCUCCAUUGGAUGAUCAGACUGGCAACCAUUUCAGAUCCCAAUCUGUCUCAUUGAAAUUUGUUGUUUUGAUUUGAUUUCCUCUGGGGGCAUGAUUUGACAAAGAAUACUUUUCAUGUCUUUGUCUCUAUAUGGAAUUUUUUGAAACCUACUUAUCAUAACCAAUACUUAAGAGCCUGGAUUUGGAAUUUUGUGCAUGUUGUUCAGUCUAGUGUUGGUAGCAUGACAAAGAGUUUGUUGCCUUGAAACCUGUUCUAAGAGAAAAUCUUGGUUUUGCUGACAGUACUUUUUUUCUUCCCAAACUAGCAAAUUGACCAAGUAAAUUCCAUCCACUUUAACCUUAUUAUAAACUUAAUAGAGUCCCUGAACUUACAGUUUUUUGUGGCUUAGAAAGAAAAAGAAUCACUAUACGGUUAUGUAGCUCUGAAUUUACCUUAAUGAACCAAAUUAUACCAUAAUAAUUAAAAGGUAAGACAGUGAAGUUUCCUUAAAUAUUUUAUCUAGGCUGGAAACUAAAGUUUCACAAAUAUUUCAUGUAAAAAUAUGAUUUGGCUUUUAUUUCCUCCCAAGGACAUUUAUAGAAAUCCAAAGAACCAGAAUAGCUUCAAAAUAGUUUUUAGUGAUGAAAGUAUGAUAUAACUUAUUACACCAAGUUUGUAAUACAUCUAAGAGGUUUUCUCUUACAGCCAUCAAUAUAUUUUACAGUGAUGUUUCUUUUUAAAAGUAAAUGAUUAUUCAUAAUUUUGGGGGGAAAAAAACUUUAUCAAGAACUAUAUUGUAAGAUAAAUUUCUCAUGAAUCUUUGUCACAGUGCCAGACAUUUCCUCACACUUCUGCAAACAACUUCCACUGACAAAGUUGGGAAUAAUAUAAUUAGUUUGUCGUUUACCCUGAAUCUAAAGAGUUCAUGAAGCAAUGUUUUUAUGUACGAAGCCCACCUUCAAAUUCUGAAGGCUUAUUUCCUUAUUCUGAUAGCUUUGCUUUGUAGCCUUCUGUUAGCAUGUAGUAGAUUUAAAUUGGGGAAAGACUUAAUAAGUUAACUACAAUGAAAUAUUUUCUAGGGGUUAUAUAUGUUAUAUUGCAAAUAGCCACAUAUUCCUUACCAGAUCAGCAAAUGAUCCAUAAAGAAUUAACUAUCACAAUAUGUUUCAGUAUACAUAGAAAAUAAGGAUGUAGAAUUGGUUCCACUACCUAAGUCUCUAAGAGUUAAAUUUCAGCACAUAUUUUGAAAUUAUAAUACCUUUUACUUUCUGAAGAAUUAAAGAUUUUUAAAUGUGAUGGAUAAGUGACUAAUUUUGGAAUAAAAAGGGAAAAUAUUUGGUUCCCCUCAAGAUUAGCCUCCCCCACCAAAAAAAAAAAAAAGAUAGCACAAACCCUCUUAAUGAGUCAUUAGAAAAAGUGAAGGACUUCAGUUGACAGAGCCUCACAGUAGCUCUGUAUAUGGCAGUGAAUCCUCCCUUGUAUUGUUUACAAGAAUCCAGAGUAAAGGGGCCUUCUGGGUUCUUAAGAACUUCACCAAGAAUGAAAAGACAGCAUCCCCCAACCCCUACUCCAAGUGCUCUGUUUGUAUGUCUGAUGAUUGAAGCUUAAGAGAAGGCAGAGAAGAGUACACACAGUGCCAGUUCUGAUGCAAGCAAAACAUUAGAGAGAGGCAGUGAACGGAUUGUCUUCAUAUCCCUCCAACCUUUUUUGUGGUGAUGGUAAGAUUAGAACUUAUAGCAAUGCUUCCACAUUUCUCUUCUCUUAAUACCAAAGGCAACUGAAUUAAAAUCAGCUACAAAUUACUUACUGGUGUCAUGUUUUAUUUUUGUUAUCUUAAAAUUAUUUUCUCCAAAAUCAGUUCUUUACCCACAUUCUGUUCAGUUUCCCUGGGAAUUCUUUUCUUUCUUCUGUCUUUUACAGUUCUUGCAUUUGUGGAUCUUAUCACUCAGGUUAACUGCUCAUUAUAUUUGUAAGAAAUUUUUCAAAGAGCCUAGAAAAUGCUAAUUUCCAAGUUCUCAAAAAGUUGACACCUCACUCUAUGUGUUUGGCACAAAAUGUGCAGACUAGAUACAUCAUCUGGUACCUAAAAGAAAAAAAGUAAAUAUGUGAACACUCCCUUUACUUUCAGCUCUUUUAAAUUUUUAGAAUCUGGUUAAAACCAGAUUUUUAUUUUUUUAAUUCAACUAUUGUGUGUAUGUGUAUUUAUGUGUGUAUAUACACACACACACACAUAUAUAUAUAUAUAUAUAUAUAUACACAUAUAUACAUAUACAUUCAUACACACACACAUAGUUGUUAAAACCAAGGAAGGGGCAUCCUAGCCAAAAUGAAGGCCUGGUACAGAAAAAAAUAAGACCCCAAACAGAGAAUUCUUAGUGUCUGAUGUGUUGCAUGUAUGUACUAUUUUAUGUCUUUGAGACCAAUUUAUUGUUACCUUCGGGUAAAUGUUUAUAUUUUAUAUGUAAAAGAAGUAAAAUAGGGUCUUGAAGGUAAUGUAUUCCUGUUGUGGAAUAUUGACUCUGAUUCUCUAUGAUGUUGUCUAGGGCAAUCUAGGACUUCCCUUGGUUGAUUUUAAUCAAACAGUUUGAAAUUUUGAUCAUCAACUUCUCAUUUCCAUUCUCCAUUGCCAAAGUUGUUGUCAAAACUGCAAGUUUGUUGAAAGAUUGUGCUUGCCAUUCUCAUUAUGCAACUUUUCCUUAUGUCUGGAUCUCUUUGAGUGGAUGAGAGAAUGAGUGAACAAGCAGUACCUAGUCAUCCAAGCAUUGUGCUAGGCAGUUUAAAGCAUCAGAACAUUUUGUGAUUCCAGUGGCAUUGUAUGUUUAAGAGUAGUUCACACCAUUUUAAAUGUUUUGCCGUAUGAGUCGUUCAACAGAAUCCUUAUUUUAUAUUUCAUUUAAAUUAAGAGGAAAAGAAAUGGUUUAUAAUAUAUUUUAAACAGUGUAUUACUAUAUAAUACUAACAGGUAUAGUUAAUAACUAAAGUCUCUUGGAAAAUAUCAAAGAAAUAACUUGAUAUAUGAUGCAACUUUGACUAAGAUAUUUACUCUAGAAAUAAAAACAUCCUUAUUUUGCUAUAUCACCUUAAUUACUAAUUAGAAAUUAAUGUUUUAUAGAAGUGCUGAUUAUUUUAUAUUCAAAAAUGUUCACAUAAUUCAUGAGAAAAAAAAUACAGUUGUAAAUUGUAUUUGAUCUGCUGUGGGUCCUACUAAUGGUAUCCUCCUGUUAAGUGUAAAGAAAAAGAUACUAAAAUAUUUCUAAGUUCCAAAUAAUGGUUCCUAGUAACGAUAUUUUGAGUUCUUACUUGUCUCUUAAGUUGCCUUACCCUCAAAUUGUCUCGUUUUUAUCUCAUCCAUUCUUUACAUAGGUAUCUACAUAAAUACUCUUAUACCAGAGAAAUUUUUAAUACUAUCUGUGUGUGUUUUUUAAUUGGGUUUUAGCUGUAUCGUUUCUAAGUAGAAUAUUUGAGAAAUCAGAUACAAUCUGGAGAUAUUUCAGUGCACUUUUUGUUUCAAGAACAUUGGUGAAGAUGAUCUUCUGUUACUACAGCUCACUCAGACCAUGAUAGAAAUGUUCUUUUUAAUCUGUAAUGGGCUGACAAGCUUUUCUGUAAGGAUGAGAAAAUAAAUAUUUUACAUUAUGAGAACAAUAUAUUCUACUCUCUACAAUUCAGUUCUGCCUUGGGGGUGGGGGUGGGACAGGGGGACUAAAAACAGGUUUAGUCAGCAUGUAAAUGAAAGGGUGAACCCUGUUGCAGUCAGUUUUAUGAAAGGCAGGAUUUGGCUCAUGGAUCAUAGUUGUUAACUCUUAACCCCAAGUUUAAUUUGUUUACUACCCUGUAAUCUUUUGACCUGUAUCAUUUCUGUUUUGAGCUGUAUGAUUCAUUUUUAAGGCAAAAAGAUGUGUGUAUGUUUGACUGUUUAAAUCUGUGUAACUUAAAGCUAUAUAUUUGGUUGUCUUGAAGAUAGGUAUGUACUUCUGGAGUCCUAUUCAGGUUUCAGGAUGAUAGACCUAUCAUAAAAAUACGAGUUUUUCUAGCGAUAUGCUCUCAACCGGUAUCUUUGCUUUGUGAUUUAAUGACACAACUCCAUAGUCCCCAUGUGAAGAGAAGGGUCUUUGUAGUGUCAAAAUAUAGUUUAUUUAAACCCUGCCUGUUUGUUGACUUGGACUAAGAUUCUGAAUUGCUUGAACUAUAAAAACUCUUCAACUUGAAUGCUCUUAGAAUUCAAAGGCAAAAAUGUGAUAGAAUUUCUGACUUUUGUACCACAAAAACUUACCUUUUAGAAACAUUAAGCAACAGAAAAUGGGUUUUGUGCCUCACUUGCUAUUUCACAGUCACUGUUUCUUUUUUAGACUUCAGAGGGGUGUUGGGCCUCUUAUUUAUAAACAGCCCAUAUCCCUCUUACUUAUAAACAGCCCUAUUUGAGGAAUGCAAAGAAAAGACAUAUCCAGAACCAGAGUUCCCUUCCCUCUUUUUGCAUAACCUGCCUUAUACCCUUUAUAAACCAACAGCUUUAUUUCAGAAUGCCAGUAUACAUGUUUAAAAUUAAAGCAUUCCUCAUCCCAGUCUUCUGCUGGCACUAACAACCAAUCCAUUUCAAACUUGGUUUGAGCCCAGAAGAACUCAUGACAUUAUGCAUGAGAAGUAUGCAACACUUUCUUCUUGGUAUACACACUGCAGUGCACCAACCCCAAGAGAGAAUGUUUCCCUUAAGUUUCUAGAGUAUUCCAUCAUUCGGAGGAGUUAGAGAAGAGGAGAAGCCUCUGUGGAUAGAGCGAUCACAUGUAAAUGUGCUGCCUUCCUGGGUCUGUCAGAAUAAGCAAAUUGUUUCAACUCAAGUAUCUUAGCUCACUGUCCUUUGAGUCCACAGACAUGAUCCCACCUGUUAAUUAUGCAGAAGACUUCAUACCUUUGCAGGUACCCUGUAGCCAAGUGUAUGUAUGCUACAGAAUUCUGUUGCACAUUGUACAUCCGAAAACUUCAUGGAGAGAAAGCUCAGCUCUUUCUUAAUUUUUUUUUUAAUUCAGAAAUCAAUUUUUGUCAACUUAACUAAAAGAAUCCCCCAAAUUGACUACUGGAUUUAGAAGUCGAAAUGCCUUUCUUCAGUCUCACUGAUCUCAAAUUGAAUUGUUUGCUAAACUAGUAAGUGGGGUAAGGACAGCCUAAAUUGGUACCCAUUGGCCAUUCCUGAACUGAUUUCCAGUCAUGUACUCCAUAUGUAAUUUUUACAAAUCAAAAGUAAUAUUGUGUAUUAAAGAUCAAAUAAAGAUGUUCUUUAAGUGAGAAA